AUGUCUGACACAAAUGCAACUACACCACGAGUCUUCAUCGCUCGACACGGUGAAACAGAAUGGACCAUCAACGGCCGCUGCACUGGCAAGGCUGAGAUUCCUCUCGCCGCAAACGGAAUUACUCAAGUUCAAGGCACGGGCGAAGUCCUCGUAAGCGCUGGCAAACCCAUCGACCCGUCCAAAUUAACACACAUUUUCACUUCACUUCGCAAACGGGCUGUUGAUACGUUAUCGAUGUUACUCGGACCUGCACAUAAAGAUCGAGUUGAUCAAGAGAACAAAAUCACCACCACAGAAGACAUCGCAGAAUCGGCAGAAGAAGUACAGAAACGUCUAGAUAGACUCAUCCAGCAGAUUUAUGAGCUGCAGAGCCCUCACAUAGAUGGCAGAAGUGGCGAGCCUGCUAACAUUUUGACAGUUGCUCAUGGUCACAUCUUGCGCGCGUUCACGAAGAGGUGGCUUCGAUAUGCUAUGGACUUUCCAUUCCAGAUGAUGAUGGAGCCGGGCGCGAUUGGUAUUAUGAGUUAUGCACACCAUAAUAUCAUGGAGCCUGCUAUUUUGGUUGGCAUGGGAUUCUAUUUAUCGAAGUGGGUUAGUUUGAUCAGAAGGUUUGCAGGACAGGAUGCGACUGACGAAUAUAUUAAUACAAUGACUUAUACUAUUACUUCUUAUAACAUUCUACGGUUUCAAUUGUCGCUCGGUAAAGAUGAAGUGACAUGA